UCACACAGCUUCCCUUCACUCCAAUGUUUCCUCUUUGAUUCAUAAAAUUACCAACUUGAAUGAUGCCUUGAACCUGUUUGAUGAAAUGUCACACACACGCCCUUUGCCCUCUGUUGUUCACUUCACUCAGUUGUUGAAUGCCGUUACCAAAAUGAAACAUUUUUCUUCUUCUCUUGACCUUUUCAACCAAAUGUGUUCCCUUGGUGUCCCUGUUAAUGAAUAUUCUAUGAGCAUUGCAAUCAAGUGUUGCUGUCAGCUGCAUCGCACCAAAGACGGCUUUGCACUCCUCGGAAGCUGCUUUAGGCGAGCUAUUCCACCCAAUGUGUACAUAUUUAAUAGGAUUCUUGAAGCAGAGAUGUUAUUCAAGAAGCUCACCAAACAAAAACUUUGUGAACCUAAUGUGGUUAUGUACAACACAAUGAUUAAAGGGCUUUGCAAGUUCAGUAAUAACGUUACAGCACUUGCUUUGCUCAGGCUAAUGGAACAAAAAAACUUCAAGCCUGAUAUUUUUACAUAUAACACCAUCAUUGAUAGUCUUUGCAAGGAUAAACUGAUUGAUGAUGCUUUCAAGCUCUUUAAAGAAAUGGUAUGUAACAAAAGCAUCCUACCAGAUGUCAUCACCUACACCUCUUUAAUAUGUGGUCUUUGUAAGUUUGGUCAUUGGGAUGAGGCCUCAAAGAUGCUAAAACAAAUGGAGCAUGAGAACAUUUCUCCAGAUGUGCAAACCUUUAAUGUAUUAGUUGAUGCUUUUUGCAAGGAAGGUAAAGUAGAGGAAGCUGAGGCUGUUAUCAACAUCAUGAUUGAGAGAGGUGAGGUUCCAAACAUAGUGACAUACAACUCACUUGUUGAUGGUUACUGUCUUCGAGGUGAAAUGAUCAAAGCAAGGGAGAUUUUUGAUUCCAUUACACUUAGAGGCCUCGUUCCUGGUAUUGUUACUUACAGUAGUUUAUUGAAUGGGUAUUGCAAAAAUCUGAACAUAGAAAAGGCCAUGCAAAUGUUACGUGAAAUGACUGGAAAAGGUUUACAGCCCAAUGUGGUCACUUACAGCACCAUGAUACAAGGAUUGUUCAAGGUUGGGCGUUGUGUAGAUGCACGCAAACUCUUUGAUGAGAUGUAUGCACAAGGCCAAAAUCCAAACGAAUGCACCUAUCGAAUAGUUUUAGAGGGCCUUUGCAGCAAUCGUCAAGUAGAAGAGGCUCUCUCUUUGUUUCAUUCGAUGGGUGAUAGCAAGCUUAAUUCUGAUAUUGUUGUGUACAAUAUCCUCAUUGAUGGUGCAGGAAAAUGUGGGAAAGUGGAUAUUGCGAGGGUUUUUUUCCAUGGUCUAAUUGAUAAAGGCUUGCAACCUAAUGUUCGUACAUAUAACGUGAUGAUCAGUGGUUUUUGUCGGGAAGGUCAGUUGGGGAAAGCAAAGUCGUUGUUUCUUAAAAUGGACGAGAGUGGAUGCACCCCAGAUAAUGUUACUUACCGUGUUCUUCUCCAAGGAUAUCUAAAGAACCAGCACUAUGAUGAUGUGAAAUACAAAAAAGAACAUGCUUUCUGGCAUUUGAUAGUUAGGUUGAAGCUUCAACUCCGUUUCCCUGCCGGAGAACCGAUGAUGAAUCGCUCAGCUUUCAUCAAAUUCAGAGGUACCAACUCCUUCCUUCUUCAUUCUCUCUCAUCUUUCCAAUCCGGUACUCACAAAGCUUCCCUUCACUCCAAUGUUUCCUCUUUGAUUCUUAAAAUUACCAACUUAAAUGAUGCCUUGGAACUGUUCGAUGAAAUGUCACACAGACAGCCUUUGCCAUCUGUUGUUAAGUUUAAUCAGUUGUUGACUGCUGUUACUAAAAUCAAACAUUUUUCUUCUUCUCUUGACCUUUUCAAACAAAUGUGUUCCCUUGGUGUCCAACUUGAUAAAUACUCCAUCAGCAUUGCAAUCAAGUGUUGUUGUCAGUUGAAUCGCACCAAAGACGGUUUUGCAGUCCUAGGAUGCUGCUUUAGGCGAGCUAUUGCACCUGAUGUCUACAUAUUUAAUGCACUCUUAGACGGACUCGUCCUUGAAGAUAGGAUUCUUGAAGCAGAGAUGUUAUUCAAGAAGCUCAUCAAACAAAAACUUUGUGAACCUGAUGUUGUUACGUACAGCACAAUGAUUAAAGGGCUUUGCAAGUUCGGUAAUAACUUUACAGCACUUGCUUUGCUCAGGCUAAUGGAACAAAAAAACUGCAAGCCUAGUAUUGUUACAUAUAGCACCAUCAUUGAUAGUCUUUGCAAAGAUAAAAUGAUAGAUGAUGCUUUGAAGCUCUUAAAAGAAAUGGUAUCUGACAAAGGUAUUCUACCAGAUGUCAUCACCUACAACUCUUUAAUUUGUGGUCUUUGUAAGUUUGGUCGUUGGGAUGAGGCCUCAAAGAUGCUAAAACAAAUGGAGGAUGAGAAGAUUUCUCCAGAUGUACAUACCUUUACUGCAUUAGUUGAUGCAUUUUGCAAGGAAGGUAAAGUAGAAGAAGCUGAGGCUGUUAUCAACAUCAUGGUUGAGAGAGGUGAGUUUCCAAAUUUAGUGACAUACAACUCACUUAUUGAUGGCUACUGUCUGCGAGGGGAAAUGAUCAAAGCAAGGGAGAUUUUUGAUUCAAUGACACUUAGAGGUCUCGCUCCUAAUGUUGUUACUUACAGUAGUUUAUUAAAUGGGUGUUGCAAGAAUCUGAAUAUUGAGAAGGCUGUGCAAAUGUUUCAUGAAAUGAUUGUAAAAGGUUUAAAACCCAAUGUAGUCACUUACAACACCAUGAUACAAGGAUUCUUUCAGGUUGGGCGUUGUGUAGAUGCACGCAAACUCUUUGAUGAGAUGCACGCACAAAGCCAAAUCCCAAACCAAUACACUUAUCGAAUAGUUUUAGAGGGCCUUUGCAACAAUCGUCAAGUAGAAGAGGCUCUCUCUUUGUUCCAGUUGAUGGGUAACAGCAAGCUUAAUUCUGAUAUUGCUGUGUACAACAUUCUCAUUGAUGGUGCAGGCAAAAAUGGGAAAGUAGAUGUUGCGAGGAUUCUUUUCCAAGGUCUAAUUGAUAAAGGCUUGCAACCUGAUGUUCGUACAUAUAACGUGAUGAUCAGUGGUUUUUGUCGGGAAGGUCAAUUGGGGGAAUCAAAGUUGUUGUUUCUUAAAAUGGAAGAGAGUGGCUGCCCUCCAGAUGAUGUUACUUACCGUGUUUUACUCCAAGGACAUCUAAAGAACAGGCACUAUGAUGAUGUGGAGAUGCUUUUACAGGAAAUGGAUGAUAGAGGUUACUCACUUGAUGCUUCAACUUUAUCACUAUUUAUAGAUCACAUCGCAGCUGGUUUACUAGAUAGAAGUAUGCUUAAAUUUUUAAGUAAGCUUGUGCCAAAAGAAUUAUUGGACGAUCCCAGGUUGUGCGACUGGGAGUGAAACCGAGAUAGUAAUUGUGGGAUGAAAAAUGAAGAUUAUAACUUGCAAAAUGUGGAAAGCUGGACAUUUCCUUCAAAUUCCAUUCCAUUUGGUCUGCUUGUGUUUGGUCCUUAGACAUGUGGUCUUCAUGUGUUUGGUCAUUAGACAUUUUCAGUAUAACGAAUUCACAACGCUUACACA